AUGUUCGACCGUCUUGACUAUCGGCACCCCGCCAAAGGCCGCCAGCUGACAAUCGUAGUGGGCUUCACGUUAAUUAUAACGGGCUACGUUCUCGUUAGACACGCCGACGCAUUUUUGCCGCGGCGCUUACCCCCAUUACGCACCGCCGAGGUCGAUCAGGCGAAUUGGCACGCCCCCUCGCCGCACAUCCUGCCCCCUGUAUACUCUGCAUAUCAUUCGGCAGAGCUACGACAACCUCAGCAGGACUGGAGUCGGACCCAGCCUGCACCACAUGAGAAGUUCUUCUUCGUUGCGGGACACACAAGAGGACUGGGAUGGGGAAAUGCAGUCCAGGAACACAUUCUGAACGCGUACUUGGCAUACAAGUCCGGCAGAAGUUUCGUAUAUGGCAACUUCACAUGGAACGACGACGGAUCCGUGUACUCCGACUAUGAGGGUACUGGCAAGAUGAUUCCUUCGCAGAUUCCUUACUCGGUAUUGCUUCAUGGACCCAUCGUCGGCGACCCAUUUCCGCGCGGCGACCUCGCGCCUCGGGCUGUAACCAAGGACUACUUCGACCAACUCUGCCCUGAUAAGGUCGACCUUGAUAGGAGCAGAAUCCACGCAACGCUCUCGGAUGUGAACUCUGCGCAGGAAAUGACCGAGAAGUGGGCGACCACCUUGAAAGGUAUGCAGGAGCCCUGCGUGCAGGCCUCACGGGGAUCGGGACCCAUAUUCAGCCACCACGAUGUCUGGGGAGUCCGGUCGUCACUUCUCGAUAUCUGGCCCGACCUGGUGCGCUCCCCGAUGUUCACCCACUUCGGCUGGUCACCACUAGUAGAGCUCGCGUUCGACAACAACCACGACCUCUUCGUCCCCUCCUCCACCGUCGUCCCGCACCUCUCCAGCAUGUCCUACACCACAAACGCCGAGCGGUACGCUCCGAUCCCCGGACUCAUGGUGCUCCACGUGCGCAAAGGCGACUACGCGACGCACUGCCGCACGCUCGCGAUGUGGUCCGAAGACUUCGUGAGCGUCGACGCGUUCCCGGACAUGAUGGACCCCUUCACCGUGCCCCCGCACACCGAGUACGGGAACAACACGCCGGAGAACGUGGAGAUCUACCGCAAGCGGUGCCUGCCGACCAUCCAGGAGAUCACGGCAAAGGUCGCGCAGGUGCGCGCGACCUCCGCCGCGCAUGGGGUGCGGCGGCUGUACAUCAUGACGAACGGCCGCCCGGAGUACCUGCGCGACCUCAAGGACGCGCUGUGGACGCUCGGCGGGUGGGAGAUGAUUGCGACUAGCCGCGACCUCGUCCUCAACUGGGAGCAGAAGUAUGUCUCGCAGGCGGUGGACAUGCUCAUCGCCCAGAGGGCGCAGAUACUCCUCGGGAACGGGUUCUCGACAUUGACGUCAAACGCAGUCAUGAUGCGCUUGGCAAACGGCUUCCCUAGAGAGAGCACGCGCUUCUGGUAGACCUGGCGCGGUCCACGACUGUCAUUUCACAAAUUUAGCUUAGGCUCAGCAUGCUAUGCGCGAGGCCUGUAAUCAUACCCACCAUGUAUAAUAUACCAUAAUGAC